UUAACUACCCUGCGCGGGGCGAUUCUGGAGGACGCUGUGCCCUCCACGGCGAGGCACGGGACGGCCCGCGGUCUCCCGCUGAAGGAGGUGCUGGAGUACGUGGUUCCUGAGCUGAACAUCCAGUGUCUCCGACUGGCCAUCAGCUCACCCAGAGUCCCAGAGCAGCUCCUCAAACUGGACGAGCAGGGGCUGAGUUUCCAGCACAAAGUGGGCGUCCUGUACUGUAAAGCGGGGCAGAGCACAGAGGAGGAGAUGUACAAUAAUGAGAACGCCAGCCCGGCGCUGGACGAGUUCCUGGAUCUGCUCGGUCAGAGAGUCCGGCUGAAGGGCUUCACCAAGUACCGAGCACAGCUGGACAACAAGACGGACUCCACCGGCUCUCACUCGCUCUACACCACCUAUAAAGACUAUGAGCUGAUGUUCCACGUGUCCACACUCCUGCCCUACACUCCCAACAACAGACAGCAGUUGCUCAGAAAGAGACACAUAGGAAAUGACAUCGUCACCAUCGUGUUUCAGGAGCCCGGGGCCUUGCCCUUCACACCCAAAAACAUCCGCUCCCAUUUCCAGCAUGUGUUCGUCAUCGUUAAAGUUCACAAUCCGUGCACUGAGAACGUCUGCUACAGUGUUGCGGUAUCCAGAUCGAAAGACGUGCCUCCGUUCGGUCCUCCCGUUCCUAAAGGCGUGACCUUUCCCAAGUCAGCCGUCUUCAGGGACUUCCUGCUGGCCAAGGUGAUCAAUGGGGAAAACGCGGCGCACAAAUCGGAGAAGUUUCGCGCCAUGGCGACCCGCACGCGGCAGGAGUACCUGAAGGACCUCGCGGAGAACUGCGUGAGCACGACGACGGUGGACUCUGCGGUCAAAUUCAGCUUCAUCAUGCUAGGGGCCAAAAAGAAGGAGCGGGUGAAGCCGCGGAAGGACGCUCAUCUCCACAGCGUGGGCGCCAUCACGUGGAGCAUGGUGGCGCGGGAUUUCGGCCAGUCGGCGGACGUGGAGUGCCUGCUGGGGAUUUCCAACGAGUUCAUCGUGCUGAUCGAGGUGGAGUCCAAGAACGUGAUUUUUAACUGCUCCUGUCGGGACGUCAUCGGCUGGUCGUCCGGCGUCAUGAGCAUCAAGAUCUUCUACGAACGCGGCGAGUGCGUGAUGCUUUCCGCGCACGACAACUGUGGAGAGGACAUUAGAGAGAUCGUACAAAGACUUGAGAUGGUCACGCGUGGCUGUGAGACCACAGAGAUGACCUUGCGCAGGAACGGUCUCGGUCAGCUCGGCUUCCACGUCAACUUCGAGGGCAUCGUGGCUGACGUGGAGCCGUUCGGAUACGCCUGGAAGGCUGGUUUACGUCAGGGCAGCCGGCUGGUGGAGAUCUGUAAGGUGGCAGUGGCGACGCUGACCCACGAGCAGAUGAUCGACCUGCUGCGCACCUCCAUCUCUGUCAAGGUGGUCAUUAUCCAGCCGUAUGAGGACGGAGCUCCCAGAAGGGGAUGUUCAGAGCUCUACCGCAUCCCUAUGGUGGAGUAUAAGUUGGACAGUGAAGGAACGCCCUGCGAGUACAAGACGCCCUUCAAGAGACACACCACCUGGCACCGUGUGCCCACCAGCGGCCAGCCUCUUCCCGAUCGCAUGCCGUGCCAGCAGGUCCUCCAGCACGCUCAGACCGCCAUCCCACGCAGCACCUCUUUCGACAGGAAGCUGCCGGAUGGACCCAGGAGCGUUCAGGAUGUUGAGAAGCCUCCGAUCUCGUCCUGCAGUAAAGGAGGCUCGUCCCAACACUACCGCAGCUCACCCAGUAACCAGUCGUCCUCCAGCGACCCGGGACCCUGCGCAAGCACCAGCUGGAGCCAGCAGCCGGGAUACGACGGGUGUCAGUCUCCUGUGCUCCACGAGCGCUCGGCUGAAGCCCAGGGCAUGCUGGGAGACGGGGAGAUGCUGAGGGAGAGAGAGCCGACUCUCGAGAGGACACGCUCUGCAGAGGCGAAGUGGCACGUCCCUUCCACCAAGAUCCUCAACUCCUUGAAGGAAAGAGGCAAGGAUUCGCCAAACAAGUCGACGCGGCAGGGCGGCGAUAAGAACUCCAGCCACUCCAGCAGUAACACUCUGUCCAGCAACGCCUCCAGCAGUAACAGUGAUGAGAAGCACUUCGGCUCCGGGGACCUGAUGGAUCCAGAGAUGCUGGGUCUCACCUACAUCAAAGGAGCCUCCACAGACAGCGGCAUUGACACCGCGCCCUGUAGCAUGACCCCAGGGGUCGCCAGUGCAUCCGUGGCCCGCGUAAUGCUCCAGGGCCACGGAGCGUCUGAUCCGGGACACCCUUGGACACCGGAGCUGACAGAAGAAGGGUCCACGGAGGAGGACCACGGCAGGUUGUACCUUCCCCAGAGCUACGGCACAGCUCUUGCCACCGGACAUGCACCCGCGGAUGGGAGUAUGGGAGACCCGAGCGAGAUCUCGUCUCAUUCUAGGCAGCUGUACGCCACGGAGACGUCCUGUCGGCUGCAGGACAGAGGACGGGACAAACUGAAGGACGGAGGUCAGCAGCCCAACAUGUCUAAAGAAGAAUACAUGAAGAUGAUGCUGCCUGAAGACCCUCCUGGAGAGAGCGGCCACAGGAAGGUGGCGGCGGGCAGCCUGUCUCCGCGGCGUUCCCUGUACCGGACUCUCUCAGACGAGAGCGUGUGCAGUAACAGGAAGGGGUCGUCCUAUGCCAGCUCGCGGAGCUCCAUGCUGGAUCAGGCCAUGCCCAACGACAUCCUGUUCAGCAGCACUCCACCCUACCACAGCACCCUGCCCCCCCGUAUCAGCCUCAGCCAGCCCACAUCCAACCUCAAGAAUGAGUUCUGGUUCUCUGACGGCUCGCUGGCCGACCGCUCGAAGUUCAGCGACCCGGGUCUCAUGCCUCUGCCGGACACCGCCACAGGCCUGGACUGGUCUCACCUCGUCGACGCCGCCAGAGCCUUUGAAGACCAGCGCGUGGCCUCGUUCUGCACCAUGACGGACAUGCAGAGAGCCGAAGCGCUGCAGAUCUCGCGUGAGCUCACCAGACGCGUGGCGGCCGCUGAGGGAGCUGCACUGGAGGCCGGCGAUACGUCUCCAGCCACGCUGACGGGUAAAGUCAAUCAGCUGGAGGUCAUCCUGAGACAGCUGCAGUAUGACCUGAAGAAGGAAAAGGAAGACAAGGCGAUCCUGCAGGUGGAGGUGCAGCACCUGCGGCAGGACAACAUGCGUCUGCAGGAGGAGAGCCAGACGGCUGCCGCACAGCUCAGGAAGUUCACCCAGUGGUUCUUCCACACCAUCGACAAGAAGCCUUGAUGGAGACCACUGGAGAACUGUGGAGAUGUUCACGGCAUUGACCUACACUAGCAAAGCCCGAUUCCCACUGCAAUUCAGUGAGAUGUAGAAUGUAAGUAUAUUCUGGACUGGAAAAGCCACUUUUGUUGGUGUAGAUGAGCAGCGAAGACAAACGGAGGCAGGUUUAGCCUGGAGAAUGUACUCAAUUAGCAACUAAACGAUGUUUCUGGAGGUGGAUUAUGAAUGUAAUGCAUCAAGACUUGGCGAGACGUUUCAUUUUCUGCCUCAAACGUUGCAAUCAAACGUUGAAGUUCAGCGGGUCAACGGUACCUUCAUCGCUCGCGUUUCCAAUCAUUUCUGUCCACAUUCAUCAAGUUCUGGCAAUAAGGUUCAUGGAUUUCCCAAACAAACACAAUGUGAAGAGUUCCUGAAGCUGUAAAUGUUGAGAUUGUGCCUCUAAAAAAAGGCGAAAUGAAGCAGCUGUGUGCAUAACGUGGCUUUCCUCUCCUGCCUCGUCUCGAAUCCGCAGUCACAUGCCAAAACUCUGUCCAUCUCUGUACAGAACCUCCAAUCAAGUGUCUUGUAUUUAACACUGUUAUUUAAGCUGAUUUAACCUAAAUGAGUUUAUUUUAUUAAAAUGAGCGGCUUCUGGAGGGACGGCUGUGAGAAGGCCAUACUGUGACCGUUUUGCCAGGACUGUGUCUGAAACAUAGAUUUCUUGAUGAUUUGUCUUUUUUUCCCUCAUUCCAACAUUUGGAUGCUGCUAGAUAACACUUUGUUGGUUUCUAUGCUUUUACAAAUGUGUUUCUCUGUAAAUCUAUUUCAUGUAAGAUGGGACA